AAAAAAAAAAAAAAAAAAAAAAAAAGAGGAGGGUCCGGAAGUGACGCACAGGAAGUCCGAGGCGGUACUGACAGGCAUCCUCGCUCCCUCCUCUGCCCCACCCCUUUCCCCCGACCGCGCCUCCACCAUGUAGCCGCAAAACCUCAGGCUUCUCGCCCGCCUUUAUCGCAGGGCAGGAGGAGGCCAAGAGAGAGGAGGAAGACGCGAAGCAGCUGUCUGGCUGCGGCUGUCAGCAUGGAGUCCGAGGGGAGCAGAGAAUUCAUCUUUCCUGGCGUUCAGGAGCCCGGAGAUGCCCCCCUGCCCAACCUAACCCCGAGGCACCAGGACCUGAUCCCCACCCCCUGUGGGCCCGCAGGCCUUCAGGAAGCAGCGAGGAGCAUGGGAGUGAGCCGGACUCCUGAGGCAUCUCCCCCCAAAGGAUCCUCAAAGCCUUGACUGCUAUGGUUGCUCCAGAUGGCCACUGAGCCAGGCUCCAGGAGGCCACCCCGGUCCUCCAUGGCUGAUGCGUGGCUGGACUGCCCCGUGUUGGGCCCUGGCUGGAAACGCCGUGAAACCUUCCGGAAGUCGGGGGCCACCUGCGGCCGUUCAGACACCUAUUAUCAGAGCCCUGCUGGAGACCUGAUCCGAAGUAAGGUUGAGCUGACCCGCUUCUUGGGCCCUGACUGUGACCUCAGGUGUUUUGAUUUCAAACAGGGGGUUCUGAAGUAUUUCCCUACCAGGGCAUCUUCUCAAAAGAAGAAGAGACGAGUCUGGCCAGAGAAGGCCUCCCUCAAAGAGAAACAUCCUGAGGAACCCCUGCCCACCCCUGCCGCUGCCAAGGUCUUUGUCAAGGCCUCCAAGUUACCACAUGCCCCCCCGGACACUCUGACCAAAUGGUGUGAAAAAUGUGGAGCCCGUAUCUCGGGGGCCGGUGCUGGGCGUCAGCGGCUCCGCUCUCUGUGCAAGAGCUGCCGGGCCCAAGCAAACGCCCUCAGCUGGGAACAGAGAGCAUCGGAGCUGGGGGGCUGUGGGGACUGCAAAGCCUGCCGGGUAACCGAGGACUGCGGCGUCUGCGUGGUCUGUGUUGGGCGGCCAUCCCGGCCCGACGCUCCCUGGCCCCCGCAGAGCCAGUGCACCCAGCGCCGCUGCCUCAGGAGCAUCGAUGAGAGCUCAGCCUGUGGGGUCUGUUCUGGCUGUCAGAUCAAGGAAGACUGUGGGGCCUGCUGGUUUUGUGAGCUCAAAGGGAAGCCGGACUUCCAAAGGCAGAGGACAUGCCUUCAGCGCUGGUGCCUCAAGAAGCGGAGGAGGAGGACACCAAGAGGGACAGCUGCUGCCAAGCUCCCAGGCAGGCAUCCUCGAGGCCUGGCCCCACCACCUCAGCCCCUAGCUCAAGCCAUCAGCUCCUCGGGCGCUGCCAGGGAGUAUGAGCAUCCGGGCCUCGGGGUGUCCAUCUCAUCCCCCCCCAAGAAGCAGGAGGGGGAGAAUUACGGGGCCCAGGAUCCUGGGGCUGUCUCCCCACCCCCUGCAGCCCUCUUUUCUGGCUUCCCCGGAGAGGUAGCUAAUAGGGUCAGGCCCCAGCAUUCUCUGAAAGAAGAGGAAGGUCUUGGCAGAGGGGAGGAGGAGGGGACAGCAAAGGCCUCCACUUUGGCUAUCCUACACAAGCAUAGCCAGAGCAUAGCCACCCCAACAGCAGCAGGGCCCUGGGGAGGCCUGGACAGUGUCCUCCAGGAAUUUCUGGCAGAGCUGAAGGCGCUGCCCCUCCCUGCCCGCUGGGAAGUCCUGCCUCCAAGGGGGUCGGACCUACGUAUCUUCCAGCCAUCCCCCUUGUCUGCUGUGUCUGCUGCGGUCAUCUACAUCCGGCCAGGCCUCUUCUUCCAUGUGGUGGUGCAGGACAUCCCUGUGCCAGCCACCCACCGACUCUAUUCGGCCCAUCCGCUGCGCCUCACCACUGUGGAUGAGGUGGUAGAUCUCAUCUGCAACCUGGAGGCCUACUGCCUGUGCCCCGGCUGGUCUGGCAGCUGGAAUCGGGGCCUGCGUUCUCCAGACUGUGAUGUCCUUGUAUAUGAGGGCCGCUGCCAGGCCUGCUGCCUCAGACAGCCCUGGGUCCCCAUGUACUGAGCUGGCCCUGGGGGCCCACUCCCCCAGCUCUCCCUGCUACACUGGGAAGGAGUCAGUGUACACUGGAACGGCUGAGGGGAGGGCGAUGCCCUCUCCUCUUGCCUCCCCACAGAAGCCAGUAUUUGCCCACCUCCCACCCCAGACUACUUUGAGGAUCCCCACUUGUCUGGCCUGGCCCCCCUCAUUGCUUUCUGAGAGAACUGCCACAGCCCACAUCCCCACUGUCAGUCGCCCCACAUAUAUCCCUUGAACUCAAGGACACAGACUGGGCCCGGUAGAGGGGGGCCCUGGAAUCUUGGCUCUGCAUUCUGGAAAUAGAGCCAUUGUGAAUCUGGAGUCCAGAACCCCUCGGGAGGGGCAUGUGAAGAUGAGAGGGCUGCACCCCCCCCACCCCCAAAGCAAAAGAAAUCUGUUGGAGUGCUGUACCUUAGUAGUAGUAGUGGUAGUAGUUGUUGUUGUCGUUGUGUUACCUUUUCUUUUUUGUAAAUAAACAAUG